UCAGAGUAAUGCCAAACUCUCUCUGAGUGGGAUGAGCAGAGCAGAUGCUGCAAUGAGAUGCCAAAGCGGCUCCCCUUCCUCUGUGCCUUGGGUGCCUAUAAAUUGCUCCGGCGCGCGUUUGUCAGCCUCCUCUUCUCCUGGCAGGUGGUACCCAGGCAGAAUCCUGCGUUCAGUCUCUCUCUCGCUCCGCUCCUGGCCGUGAGGCGCUCGCCGCCGCUCGCUAGCUGCCGCGCUCCAGCUGAGAGUCUCGCCGAGCCGACUGAACCCACCACCGCCGCUCGGGGCAGCCCCGGGGCGCCGCGCUCGAGCUCCCGCGGCCCGCGCGGCUCUUUCAGGUGCGCGUCUAUUAGAGUUGUGGUGGUUGCAAAGAAGAUAGAGGGAGAAAAAAAAAAGAGGCAGAGGAAGGGCGAACGAAAGAGGUGGAGAAGGAGGCAGAAAAAGGCAACUUCAGACGGAAAGUUAGUGCGAACUGGCGCAGUCUGCAAAAACGGAAAAGUCGAUCGCUGACAGGCGCGGCAUAAAAGUGUGAGCGGCGCCGGCGAGCGCGAGAGGCGGCGGCAGGCUCGGCCCUCCCGGUGGCCCGGCCGGCUGCAGCGGCAGCCACAGGUGCGCAGGGGUUCGCCGGAGGCGAGAGGGCGCCCUGCGUACCCCGCCCCCACCCCACCCCCAGCUCGGGACUUCAGCUCAAGUCACUUCGCGCCCAAGCUCCCUCCCCAGCCGCAGCCGCAGCGGGGGGAGCAAGAGCAGAAGAAAAGCGGCCGGUGCGCUACCGCCCAGGGGAGUUGGGGUUCGUCGGGGGUUGUUUUCGGCUCUGAGGAGGUCCCCGCCCAACCUUCAAAAUUUUGUCCAAAAGCAGACAAGAGGAUCGGCCCGCGCUGAGCCGGCUCGUGGGCAGCAGGAGGCGCCUGAUCGCCGCCGGGGCGCUGGGGGUGGUGAUGGUGCUGCUGCUGGUCAUCCUCAUCCCGGUGCUUGUGAGCUCGGCCGGCACCUCGGCGCACUACGAGAUGCUGGGCACCUGUCGCAUGGUCUGCGACCCCUACGGGGGCACCAAGGCACCCAGCACGGCCGCCACGCCCGACCGCGGCCUCAUGCAGUCCCUGCCCACCUUCAUCCAGGGUCCCAAAGGCGAGGCGGGUCGGCCAGGGAAAGCGGGCCCACGUGGGCCCCCCGGAGAGCCAGGACCGCCUGGCCCCGUGGGGCCCCCGGGUGAGAAGGGCGAGCCGGGCCGCCAAGGCCUGCCGGGCCCACCCGGGGCGCCCGGCCUCAACGCGGCGGGGGCCAUCAGCGCCGCCACCUACAGCACGGUGCCCAAGAUCGCCUUCUACGCUGGCCUCAAGAGGCAGCAUGAAGGCUAUGAGGUGCUGAAGUUCGACGACGUGGUCACCAAUCUCGGUAACCACUACGAUCCUACCACGGGCAAGUUCACCUGCUCCAUCCCUGGCAUCUACUUCUUCACCUACCACGUCCUGAUGCGCGGAGGGGACGGCACCAGCAUGUGGGCUGAUCUCUGCAAAAACAACCAGGUGCGUGCUAGUGCAAUUGCCCAGGACGCUGAUCAGAAUUACGACUAUGCCAGUAACAGUGUGGUUCUGCAUCUGGAGCCUGGAGAUGAAGUCUAUAUCAAACUAGAUGGUGGGAAAGCUCAUGGAGGAAACAACAACAAAUACAGCACAUUUUCUGGAUUUAUUAUUUAUGCUGACUGAUCACGAGCAAGCGAAGCUUCUUGUCCUGAGCUAGAACACUGGAUUCGUGUGGCUACCGUCAGUGAAUCAAGGAUCCCAAGGGAUGCCGAGUGUGGGGGCACCUCAGUUGUGUAUAUGUGGGGAAAUCAAAUGCUACCUGACUCACAUCUGUAUCACUCAGAAAAACAUUAUGUAAAAAAAAAUAUUAAAAAGCAAGAUAAGCAGAUGUGUGAUCCACUACCGCCAAAGCAAAUACUCCUUAUCGUUAGUGUCCAUGUGAAUGAAGUCCUAUAUAGAUCACAAAUUUUUAUAGAGAAAUCUAAGACACUGAAUUAUUUCUUCACUAUAUAUGAUACUUUGUGUACUGUGAUCUUGCUGCUUUUAUCCAUAUGUCAGCUUUGGUUCUUGUGAGUUUACCUGCUUAUUAUGACACUUGGAGUCCAUAGUGUGGGGAAGAAUGAUUUCACCCUGCAGAAGGUCUAAUUGAAACAAUGCUGCUUGUCCCCAAAGAAAUUGUUUGCCUUGUACUUUAGUUAACUUUAGAGCUAGACCUGGGAAUGAUUCAACUUCAAGCCUUAACCUGGAAUUUUCUGGAUUUGAGGGAAUUCCCAAAUCUAUGAUCAUUAUCACAUUUUCUUUAAGACUUUUCUCUCUUUGCUGGUGAUAGUGUUUUUAAAAACUUGAGAUUGAAAUUGUAUCACAGGAGUUCCCUCUCAAGUGUGAACAUGUGUAAUUAUGUAUGGUAUUUAGAAAACCUUCUGUGUCUCCAUUUUGUCCAUAGAGCACAUUUAGA